AAAAGGCAGGACAGCACCGGCCAGUGGACCGAGACAGCGGACUCGGGAGACGAAGAACUAGAAUCAGCCCAUGCGCCUUAUCCCGGAAACAGUGGCAAGCUUUGAACAGAUCUUAAAUUUAUUUCCAAAAGAGAGCUUGGCUGUAGGGUGGGAGGCGGGAGGAGUCGAGCGGGAGAGUUAUGCAGUUCGGGAGAUGGUGUUUAGGCCCCAGCGAGAGCGAGGAUGGCUGCAGGUGUGGCGGGAAGGAAGAGGACGAGUCAGGGAUGACUGCGGUGCUUCUGGCAUGAGGAACUGGAGGUUGGAGAUGCCAUUUGUCAAACUGGACAGCGGAGGAGGAGCGAAUCGGGUGUGAGAUGCCCGAGGGGCACCUGGGCUCCAGAGUGGAACUCCAAGGUGCUCAGAUACUGGAGCCAGGUACGGACUUGUGAAGAGUUCCAGAGCCCCAGCUCAGCAUCCACUGCCAUGGAGCCCCCACCCUUGGGUCCUCUUCACCAUGGCCAGGCGACCCCGGAGCAGCAGGGCGUGGCAUUUUGUCCUCAGCGCAGCCCGCCGAGAUGCGGAUGCCAGGGCUGUGAGCCUGGCAGGCACCCCUAACUGGGGCUACGACUCUGAUGGGCAGCACAGUGACUCGGACUCUGAUCCAGAAUACUCAUCUCUGCCGCCAUCCAUCCCCAGUGCUGUGCCUGUGACAGGGGAGUCCUUCUGUGACUGCGAGGGCCAGAGUGAGGCUGCCUUCUGCAGCAGUCUGCACAUGGCCCACCGUGGCAAGGACUGCCGCUGCGGAGAGGAGGAUGAGUAUUUUGACUGGGUCUGGGAUGACCUAAAUAAGUCGCCGGCCACCCUUCUUAGCUGUGAUAACCGCAAGGUCAGCUUUCACAUGGAGUAUAGCUGUGGUACUGCGGCUGUCCGGGGCACCAAGGAGCUGGGGGACGGCCAGCACUUCUGGGAGAUUAAGAUGACCUCACCUGUCUAUGGCACUGAUAUGAUGGUGGGCAUUGGGACAUCAGAUGUGGACCUGGACAAGUAUCAGCACACGUUCUGCAGCCUGCUUGGCAGGGAUGAGGACAGCUGGGGCCUGUCCUACACAGGGCUUCUCCAUCACAAGGGCAACAAGACAAGUUUUUCCUCGAGGUUCGGCCAGGGCUCCAUCAUUGGUGUGCACCUGGAUACCUGGCACGGGACGCUGACCUUCUUCAAGAACAGGAAAUGCAUAGGGGUAGCAGCUACCCGGCUACAAAACAAGAAGUUUUACCCAAUGGUGUGUUCUACAGCAGCAAAAAGCAGCAUGAAGGUGAUCCGUUCUUGCGCUAGCAUGACUUCCUUGCAGUACCUGUGCUGCUACCGUCUGCGGCAGCUGCGACCAGACUCAGGGGACACCCUCGAGGGCUUGCCCCUGCCACCUGGCCUUAAGCAGGCACUACACAACAAGCUAGGCUGGGUCCUGAGCAUGAACUGCAGCCACCACAAGCCUGCUGUGUCCUCACCUAGGGCAGCAGAACUGACGAGCCCCAACAGCCCAGAGACCAGGCCCUGCCAGAGAAAGCGCUGCCGACGGACCUGACUUUAUUUCUGAUGAAGACUGCCUUCUUAGCCUGUGACUGGCAUUCUCUCCACCCCUGCCCUCGUUCCAUCAGGCAGGCAGGAGAGAGGAGAGCUGGGCUGAAAUCCAUCUGGGGUUGUUCGAUCUCCCCCAGGGCCAGCAGUCUUGCUCCAGGGGCUCCAAGGCCCCAGUCUGUGAGUCUACCCAGCGGCCUGUGCCGGGCAGGGUAGAAGCCAUACCUGUGCCGCUAGCAUCUCCUUGAGUGUCUGGGAGGAGCAGCCUGAGCAUCUCUGGACCCAGACUGUGGGCCUGGGAGGCUGGGGCGCAGGCGUCCACUGCCCCAGGGAAGAGAAGGGCUCUGCUGGGGCCGUUCUUUCUGUUCCUGCCAGAUCUGGGUUUUUUCUUAGCUCGCUUUGCAUGUUGUCAGCUGCUGCUCCUGUCACAGAGACUUUAGUAAUUGUAACAGAUGCCCACACAGCUGUAAGAUUAAAGAGUCCACCUCAA